AUUAAUAAAUCCCAACGCUCCCAUCUUCGGCUUCCUUCUUCUUCAUCUCUGACGUGCUUUCUUUAUCCAUCUCUAUCACUGAAGGGGGAGAUCUCUACCGUUUCUGCUGGUUUUUGUUAACGCGGGGAAGAGGGUGGGGGCCGAUCCGGCGUGAGGAUCGCCGGGAAAGGGUGGAGGUUCCUGAGAGGAUCAGGGGAGGGAGUAAAUUAAGGGGGGGAGGGUGAAAAUUGCUUUGAAAAUAAGGAACAGGGGAUUUGGAUUUGGUUGCUUGCAAUGCAGGGGAAAACGGGGAAUCGGGGUGUCAUUAGCUUCCGCACGGCACGGAUUGUGGGGGGAUCACUUCGCAGAAACCCUUCCGCGUUCUUCGCCUCCUCCUCCGGCUCAUCGUUGCCUUACGCUAUAAUCAAUUCUUGCGCAUAUGAAGGUCUUUAAAUACGAAAGUAGUUUCGGUGGUUUAGUGCUGUGUGGAUCCGGGUCACUGGCUGGCUUUGCGUUGUGUAGUUGUUGCUGGCUUGGUGGAUUGGUUUUGACUGGAAGCCGGAGUGUUGGGGAUUGGUCCGAGGGAUCCGACGUGUUUUUCGUAGUGGUUGCUUCAAUUAGGAGAUGUAGCAGCCGAUGAGGGUUCUGUUUAGAAUUUAGAGUUUUUCUUUGGUUUUUGCUUUUUGGGGCUUGGAGCUGCAUGAUGCCUUCACAUAUGAUGGAUCAGAGGCAUCUGCCGUCAUUCUUCAUACCGUCGGCCCCGUCAUCUUUAUUUUCAGAAGAAAGCUGCCUUUCUUCGGAGAGGCAGCUUGGUUUCCGGAAGCCCGAGUCUGUGCCAGAAAACUCUGGGCUAGAAGAAAUAUCAUUAAUGUCUGGGGACAAGUCAUUUUCUACAUCAAAUUAUAUGAACUUUUUAGAUUCCCCACGAUCUUUUUUGUCCAAUGGGCAGAAAGCUAGGACAUCUGCUGGAAAUAAUUUGUUUGGUGCAGAAAGUCCUUCUAACCUAUCAGUGAAUAGUUUGGGAGCUUCUAACCGGGAUAUCUUAUCUCAAGAAAAUACAUUUAUGCAAUUGGCUCCUAACGACUUUCAUUAUGAGAACAGUCUCUUCUCGAGCUCUUUGUCGGAAACAUUCGGAAAAUCGGUGUUGUUGUCAAGUGAUGUACACUUUGGCAAAUCAGUGGAUGCAAAUGACUCUAAAUUUGUGGAAGUUGAGCCUUUGGAGUCCUUGAAAGAAAUUGAAGCACAGACAAUUGGAGAUCUCCUUCCUGAUGACGAUGAUUUGUUGUCCGGAAUGAUUGAUGAUAUUGAAUGUGUUGGACAAGCCAACAGUGGUGAUGAAGAUGAUCUAUUCUACUGCGGGGGAGGGAUGGAACUAGAAUCAGAUGAAAGUUUUAAUUGCAAUAGAGCUUCUGAUUUCUUCUGUGGAGUGGCCUCAAGUCGUCGGCUUGGUGGAUUGAAUGGCAGUUUUGCUGGCGAACUAACCUAUGGAAAGCAAUCCUCCAGGACCCUUCUUGUGAGAAAUAUCAAAAGCAAUGUUGAAGAUGCAGAGCUAAAGAUUUUCUUUGAGCAAUUUGGAGACAUUCGUGGACUUCAUACCAUCAGCAAAAAUCAGGGGUUUGUGUUGGUGUCUUACUACGACUUAAGAUCAGCUAGGAAUGCUAUGAGAGCUUUUCAGGACAGAUUGCUGAGGCAACAAAGGAUUGACGUAAACUAUUAUUUUCCAAAGGAUAACUCUUCUGAGCAAGAUGUUAAUAAUGACACACUUAUUAUAUCCAACCUCGAUUCCGCUGUUUCAAAUGAUGAUAUACACCAAAUAUUUGGUUCCUAUGGUGAAAUUAAAGAGGUUUUCCAUGAUCCACACAAUCAAAAUCAAGUUGUAAUAGAGUUCUAUGAUGUUAGAGCUGCUGAGGCAGCAUUUUAUGCUUUAAACAUGAGUGAGAUUGCUGGCAAGAGAAUUAAGAUUGAGCUUGGCUGUCAAGGAGCUGUGCGGCGGGGCCCACCCAAGCACUCUUUAUUAAAACUUGAACUGGAAGGUUCUACCAAAGGCAUAAAUGGAGGUUCCUUUAGUAACUCCGCAUUGGAAAAUGGUGCUUCCUCCAGAACCAUAGCAUAUGGAGCUAAUACUACUGUGGGACUUGAUAGUGGUUCUAUUCAGAGCUCUGCUCCCCAGAAACUAAUCAACCCAUUCAUGGAGAGCAAAUUCCCAGGAAUAUCUUCUACUAUGCCUCAUAGCCUGUCCUCACCAAUUAGAGUCUCAAUGGUGGGAAAUCAUGGCAGUCAAUCUAACCUUGAUGAUCUUAGCCAUUCUUUAGGACAAAUGAACUUUGGUUUUCAAAACAUGCCAACCUUCCAUCCUCAUUCAUUACCAGAAUUCCAUAAUGCUCCAAUUCCUAGCAUCCCUUUCAAUGCCAUAAGAGCUAUUCCAUCAAUAGCCACAAAUAUUAAUUCCAGAUUAUCUGAUGGCAUUGAUACUCAGCAAAAUAGACAGGGGGCAGGUCACAUAAACAGCCAUUCCUUCGAACCAAAGGAAGGUAAGGCAAUUUCCCCUAUAAGUGGGCAUCAGUAUUUUCAAAGCAAUUCAAAUUUAAAUUUCCACCAUUCCCCCAGUUCUCUGAUGUGGACCAAUUCACCAUCAUUUGUAAACAACAUUCCAGCUCAACCUCAACAGCUGCAUGGUCUUCCAAGAGGGCCAUCUCAUAUAAUGAACAACUUUGUUUCUGUACACCAUCAUCACGUUGGUUCUGCUCCUGCUCUUAAUCCCUCACUCUGGGGAAGGCGCACUACAUAUGCUGGGGAUUGUAUGGAGGCACCGCCUUCUUUCCACCCAGGCUCUGUUGGAAACAUAGGAUUCUCUGGAAGCUCUCCCAUCCAUCCAUUUGGAAUCUCUUCUCAUAAUAUUUAUCCACAUGACUGUCGUAACUGUAUCGACCCAUCAGCUUCCACACAUGUUGGGAGCCCGUCGCCUCAGCAGCGGUCUUUCAUGCUUCAUGGAAGGAAUAGCUUGAAUUCUGCCGCUGGUUCUUAUGAUUCUUCUGGUGAGAGGAUCAGGAGCCGGCGAUGCGAUUCAAGUGCUACUCAACCUGAUAACAAGAAGCAAUUUGAUCUGGAUAUCAGCCGAAUUAUCCGUGGGGAAGAUACCAGAACCACUCUUAUGAUAAAGAACAUUCCAAACAAGUACACAUCUAAGAUGCUUCUGGCUACAAUCGAUGAGCACCACAAAGGAACUUACGAUUUCAUCUAUUUGCCCAUUGAUUUCAAGAAUAAAUGCAAUGUGGGCUAUGCUUUUAUCAACUUGAAUGACCCCAAGCACAUUAUUCAAUUCCACCAGGCAUUUAAUGGUAAGAAAUGGGAGAAAUUCAACAGUGAAAAAGUGGCUUCACUCGCGUACGCCAGAAUCCAAGGUAAAGCCGCCCUGAUUGCUCAUUUCCAGAACUCAAGUUUGAUGAACGAAGACAAGCGAUGCCGUCCCAUCCUCUUCCACUCCGAUGGCCCAAAUGCUGGGGAUCAGGAGCCCUUUCCCAUGGGAACCCACAUCAGAUCAAGGCCUGGUCGAUCCAGGACCUCAAACAACGAAGAUCUGCCCCCUAGAAGUCCACCAGACUCUGGCAUUGGAGACGACCUGUCAAACAACAGCACAGAUUCUUCUUCAAGCUUUGCCAAAGACUGAGUGGGACCCAAGCCAUUUUUCCUGGGGGGCACUAACCUUACAACCUACAUAAGCUUUUUUUUUUUUUUUUCUUCUUGUCUUGUCUUUCUUUCUCACAUCUGCACUCCUGUGAGCUCUGCAUUGUGUUGAAAUGCAAAAAGCAGAGAGGAGCUGAGCUGAGUUGAGUUGAGAUUUUGGUGGCUGCGAUGAAUAAAAAGGAAAUUGUACAGCAAGAUUUUGAGAGGAAAGGGAGAGCGAUUAUUGUUGAUAUUUCUCCGUGUUUUGGCACGUCCUCACUCUGCACAUUCGUCUAUUUUUUUGGUCA